UUGGUCAUUAAGCGUCGUCUAUCGCCAUUCCCCGCUCUCUCUUCUGGCCCUCUGGGCAUUUCAAAUUCAAACCAAGUCAAAAUUCAAACCCCUCUUCGCGUUUCUCAGCCACAGACUGAGCCAAGAAGCCCCCAAUGGAAGGCCGAGAGCCACCGCCUUCUCCGUCGCCGUCGCCUUACAGAAACCCCUCCACUCUCUUCAAAGACAUCACCAAUUUCAAAACCCCGAAACCCUCCUCGCGAAUCUCCAAUUUCCAGUCCCCCGGCCCCAAAUUCUUCACUGCCUCGAAACAAACCCCUGGUACUUCUUCGUCAUUUCGCCGCAGGCCGUCUCUCGCUCCGUCAAACUCUGGCCGGAUAAAGGCGGCGUCCCGGAAACUCAAGGCAUUUGAGCUCGAGCAGUCGCAGUCGUCCCGCAAGGCCCAAAUUCAGAAAGAACAAUCGCUCAAGUCGCUGGCCAAGUCUCUCUCCGUCUGGCUCAAUUUCCUCUUUCAAAACCCUACAUCCUGUGGCUGCAAUUUGUCCGUCGAUGGAGACCGCACGGGAACGCUCCCCAAGGGAAAGAGGGAUAGCGAUCCCGGCAGUGCGGUUGGGGUUGAUUCGGCGUGGCGGGACCCCAAGCGUCAGAGAGACUCGUCGUGGCGGGCCGUGAGCGCUGUAGCGUUUUCGAGCUCCAAGUAUUCGAACCUGCGUUCUUCGUUGGAGCAUGUGUGCAGUGUUGAUGAUUUGACGCAGAGGAUGCGACUCUAUCUGAGCAUGGGCAGUUGCAAGGAGGUUUUCGAUGCGAUGACUCAUGUAGCAAAGAAUAUUGAUGAAGGGAGAUUAAAGAUGAAGGCACAUUGUCCUUUAGUUACGGAUUUUGGGUUGAAGGAGAAGGCCACUAGAAUCCUCAUGAGUUAUAACCCAAUUUGGCUUCGAAUUGGAUUGUACAUUGUUUUUGGUGGAGAUUCUUUGUUGUCUGACAGAGAUGCUAAUUCUGAUGAAGAACUCAGGUUUCUGAAAAUGAUCAUUGAGAAGCAAUUUUUUGCACAUUCGGGUCUAGCAAAAGAUUAUGCUUACAACAAGAAGGUUGAGGGUCUUUACAGACCGGGUUAUUACGAAGCUCUGGGAAACGUCACUUUGAAGAGAUUUCUGAUGCUCGCUCUUAUCCUUGAUAGAGCGAAAUGCCAGAGCAGUCUUUCUCUUAAGUAUGGAAUUGAUGGAGUGGAUGGGGGUUCUCCGUUAUUGUUUACAGUUGAAUCUCGUAUUAAAUCGAGUCAUCAGGUGAUCCAUGAUUUUCUGUCAUCUGAUGUCAUGCUUGGAGAAGGUAAUAUUUCAGCACAUCUGGUGGUUUUAGGAUACAAAGUAUCCUAUCAGCAGCAUCCCCUUGUUGAAUAUGACUUCCGAGUUACAAAUUUAUUUGCUGAUCUUCAAGAUGGGGUGCGACUGUGCAGAGCCAUUCAACUUUUGCUAGAUGACGCCUCUAUCCUCACGAAAAUGGUUGUUCCAGCAGAUACGCUUAAGAAGAACAUGGCAAAUUGUGGCAUUGCCCUGCAGUACCUUAAACAGGCUGGCGUUGUUUUACAUGAUGAAGACGGAAUGAUGAUUGUGGCAGAUGAUAUUGCUGGCGGGGACAAGGAACUUACUCUUUCCUUGCUCUGGAACGUGUUUGUCCAUUUGCAGCUACCGCUUCUGGUCAAGAAAACAAACUUAGCUGAGGAAAUUUGCAAAAUUCGUGGCAGUGUGAUCAGUUUUGAUUCCUCUUCAUUGGAAAUGAUUUUAAAAUGGAUUCAGGCAAUUUGUGAAAAUUAUGAUUGCAAGGUUGACAGUUUUGCUUCAUUGGUUGAUGGAAAAGCCAUAUGGUGCUUGCUGGACUAUUACUUUCGUAAGCAACUAUCUUGUGGUCGGUCAUCAAAGGAUCGUAAUAAAUCAAGUCACGAAGAAUCAAUCAUGUUGGCCACUGAUUAUUCAGAUGCAGUGCACAACUUUUUAUUAUCCCAGAAAUUGUUGACGUUAUUGGGAAACUUUCCAGAGGUUCUGCAAAUUAGUGACAUUCUUGAAUACAACGGUGCACGAAAUGACCGGAGUGUGGUGAUACUAUUGGUGUUCCUUUCAUCUCAACUUAUUGUCAAGAAAAAUAUGGACCAAUUAAAUUUCCAUAAACUCUUGGGUUGUGAUUGCCAAAGUACAGACAGAAAAUAUACAUGUAUGGGAUGCUAUGUAAGACCCGAAGCAACACAGGUCGAAGAGGAAACAUAUGACCACCACAUCGAAGAUUCUGUAAGAAAGUUUAAGGCUAUUCAGGCCUGGUGGCAAGAUAUGGCUGAAAGGAACCAUAAAUCUGUUGCAAAACCAACUUCUCCUACUUCGCUUAACCUAUCUACGAAUAAGGAUAACAUUAAUAUUGAAAAAGUAAAUACUGACAAAGGCAAUUAUGAGGGAGGAAGUAUUGUAACUCAUGAUAUAUCUACUCCUGAUCUAGUUAAAGCUGCCAUUGUUGUCCAAAGAUAUAUUCGUGGGUGGCUUGCAAGGUUGAGAUACAUUCAUGGGGUUGCUCUUGUAGAUAAAUCUUGCAAUCGGUGCCAAGAAAAUGUUGUGCGUGAUCUUCAAGUAAGGGCAGAAAAUACUGAGAAAAGCAAUUAUGAGGGAGGAAGUAUUGUAACUCAUGAUAUAUCUGCUCCUGAUCUAGUCAAAGCUGCCAUUGUUGUGCAAAGAUAUAUUCGUGGGUGGCUUGCAAGGUUGAGAUACAUUCAUGGGGUUGCUCUUGUAGAUAAAUCUUGCAAUCUGUGCCAAGAAAAUAUUGUGCGUGAUCUUCAAGUAAGGGCAGAAAAUACUGAAAAAAGCAAUUAUGAGGGAGGAAGUAUUGUAACUCAUGAUAUAUCUGCUCCUGAUCUAGUCAAAGCUGCCAUUGUUAUCCAAAGAUAUAUUCGUGGGUGGCUUGCAAGGUUGAGAUACAUUCAUGGGGUUGCUCUUGUAGAUAAAUCUUGCAAUCUGUGCCAAGAAAAUAUUGCGAGUGAUCUUCAAGUAAGGGCAGAAAAUACUGAAAAAAGCAAUUAUGAGGGAGGAAGUAUUGUAACUCAUGAUAUAUCUGCUCCUGAUCUAGUCAAAGCUGCCAUUGUUAUCCAAAGAUAUAUUCGUGGGUGGCUUGCAAGGUUGAGAUACAUUCAUGGGGUUGAUCUUGUAGAUAAAUCUUCCAAUCUCUGCCAAGAAAGUGUUGCGCGUGAUCUUCAAGUAAGGGCAGCAGUUAAAAUCCAGCUUGCGUGGAAGAAUUUUUCUUUCUGUCAUUCUCUUCUCUAUCAGCUUUCCGCUGCAACUAAAAUUCAAAGUCAUUUUCGUGGUUGGCUAGUGAGGAGGAGGUCUCAUAUUAAAAGGCAAGCAAUAAUAAAAAUCCAAAGUGUAUAUCGAAUGUCAAGAUGCUGGAAGGCUUAUCAGCAAUACAAAAUUGCAGCUGGUUCAGCCACCGUCAUUCAAUCUUAUAUACGUGGAUGUUUUGCCAGGAAAGGCGCUGAAAAUCAUAGGCUUCUCAUUGUUGCAAUCCAAAGAUACUUCCGUGGCUGGUUGAUCAGAAGUCAAUUCUCGUGUCAAAGACAGGCUGCAAUAAAGAUCCAAAGUGCUAUUCGAGGCUUGAUAUGGCGUCAAUCAUUUCAUCGUCAUAGACAAGCUGCAGUGGAAAUUCAACGGAUAGUCAGGGGGCAGAUUAGUCGAAAUAGGCUCUUAGGUGCUGCUUCCCUACGCCCAAUCGUCCGCAAUGGUUGUCCUUUGAAUAGAACAGAAGCCCUUUAUAUGGGUGCUGAACUAAAUAAAGUUGUUUGCUCCGUGUUGAAAUUGCAAAGGUGGUGGAGGAGUGUCAUGUCACUAAACUUUAGAACGAAUUCUGCAGUCAUUAUUCAGUCUCAUAUUCGAGGGUGGUUUGCUAGGCAAAAAGCUGUUAGAGAGAGGCAAUGUAUUGUUGCGAUACAAUCAUGCUGGAGAGGCUACCUUCUAAGGAGGAAAGAGACGGAAGGUCAGCUACUGGAGCUGCGCUUGAGAGUGCAAAAGUCUGCCACAAAUGUAGAUGAUAGCAUGCGGAUUAUAAACAGACUUGUAGCAGCACUUUCGGAGCUACAAACAAUGAAAAGUAUCAGCGGCAUUCUUCACACUUGUGUUACUUUGGACAAGGCCACUGCACAUUCUCAGAAAUGUUGUGAAAAACUCGUGGAGGAAGGAGCUAUUAAAACAUUGCUGAAGAUUUUUGGCUCAGCCACUCGAAGUAUACCCGAUCAGGAGGUUCAAAAACACGUGCUCUCAACUCUAAGGAACCUUGCCCGCUAUCCACACCUGGUAGAAGUGCUAAUUGACAGUCCGGGAUCAGUAGAAACUGUUGUAUGCGAGUUUGUAAGGAACAAGGAAGAGGGUUAUUUCACAGCUUCCGAACUUCUGAAGAAGGUUUGUGCUAGUCGUAAAGGCGUUGAAGCUGUGCGUAAAUCGCCCGCUCUUUUGAAAAGGCUACACAAUCUUGUUGAGGAACUUAGUAGGAAGGCUGGCAACAAUGACAAGAGGAAUGCCGGCCGAGUUACAGUUGCUAGAGAAGCUACGGAAAGGAGAUUAAGGGAGGCUGUUGAAAUUAUGAAAAUGGUAAAACAGAGGUACUAGUACUAUUUACUAGGGUAACUUGUUGAGUUCCAGAGUGUUUAAAAAGUUACCUUGGUUAGUUAUGAUGUAUUGCUGACGUGUGUAUUUUGCCAUUGAAUUUACACGUUCAAUGGGUGGGGGGAGUGAGAAGGACAGGGCAACUUGAUUUGGUUGAUGCACCUCAAAUUGAAUGCUUGGUUUUUUUUUUUCCACUUGUGGUUUUGUAAAUUUUCUAUCGAGUGCUUAAUUCUAUGAGUUUCAUUUGAUAAUUUUUUCGUUUUUUA